AUGCCUGAAGGAAACAUCACUUCUGUGAAGAAUUUUUUCAUUGUGGGCUUUCCUGGGCUUCAUUCUAACUACUAUGGCAUUGGAUCUGCAGCUAUGUUGGUUGUCUAUUUGUGUAUCUUGCUGGGAAAUGGAAUAUUUCUUAUAUUGUUUGUAAGAGAAAAAAUGCUCAGAAAACCUAUGUAUUACAUCAUCAUAAAUCUUAUUGCAUGUGAUGUACUGUUUAGCACCACCACAUUACCAAAGAUUAUUGCUAGAUAUUGGUUCAAUGAUGGAGUCAUCUCAUUCCUAGGUUGUUUUAUUCAGAUGUAUUUUGUGCAUUAUUUUGCUUUGACUAAUGCGUUUAUACUAGCAGUAAUGGCCUUUGAUAGAUAUGUGGCAGUGUGCAAUCCUCUCAGAUAUACUAAUAUUAUCAAUGACUCCACUAUCAUGAUCUUAUGCUUUGCAUCUUGGCUAAUAGCAAAACCCUGUGUCUUAAUGCUGGCAAUCAGAGCAUAUCCUCUUCCUUACUGUGCUGCCAACACAAUCAUUCAAUGCUACUGUGACCAUGCAGCCAUCACAAAGCUCGCAUGCACUGAUCGGACACCUUAUGGGUUUCCAGCUUUUGUUUUCGCAGUGGUUUUGUUGCUUGUACCUCUGGCUUUUAUCUUAUUUUCCUAUUUCUCUAUUAUGAUGGAAGUCCUUCGAAUCUCAACCACUCAAGGACGGCUGAAGACCCUCUCCACCUGCAGUUCUCAGCUCAUCAUAAUUGCCCUCUUCUUUUUACCCAGGUGUUUUAAACAUAUGGCCCCUUACAUUGGUAUCAGCUUCAGUGCUGACAUAGAAAUACUCAUUAUUAUGUUGUACAGCCUACUGCCACCCAUGAUCAAUCCACUCAUCUACUGCUUAAGAACUAAAGAAGUGAAAGAAAUCUUAGACAAAAGUUUAGCCAGAUCAACAUUUCUUCACUUUGUGCAAAAAAGGGUGGAUGUGUCAACGAUAUGCAACUGA